AUGAAGGUCCCCAAAUGCCUCACCCUCGGUGUUUUCUCUUGCUUGCAGGGCCUGUCCCUCGCCAGCGUUCAGCCGCAAAUGUUCGAUAACUCGAUCUGCCCAUGGUACUACAUCCGCCAGAACUAUCAUGAUAGUACCGAAGUUUACACCAUGGAGCUCAUCGCUACCUGUGGUGUCACCGUAAAUUCCGCAUUGGAGUAUCAUACGAGCCUUCUGGAUUUGGAUAGGUGCUUCGUCAACAAGGACGGAAAUAUCAAGUUGGCCACCGCGGAUAUGGCACCUCUAGGGGGUUUCUCGAAGACAUGCUGGAGCUGCGGUCUCAUGAAUAUUGGACCUCACAAUAUUACCCCUGAUACAUCGAAGCCUAUUAUAGCUUGUCAGUGCAAGCCGGAACAACCCAGCACUGAUCGCUCGCGUGAUGCGUCCUUUGAGUUCGGUGAGUUAGUAGUCCACAUUACCUCUUCCCUCGUGCUAAAGCAGUCGAAUAUGAACACGAGCAUUCUAACCUCUCUCUUAACCACAGACCAAGGAAUUUGGAUCGACCCGAAUGGCGUUAUAGGAUGUCUGGAUCACACCGCCGACAUCAUCCCCUACUCCAACUCGAGCACGCCAAAAAUGAUUCCCCCGAACCUACUAGCGCCGCCUGCAACGAUAACUACAACGGUAACGUCCACGGUAGUGCAGAACAACACGCUCACCAACACCGAUAUGGUGACAAGCAAUGCCACAGUCGUGAGUACUGCAACCGCAACCGCCACCGCCACCGUCACCGCUACCCUAUUCAGCACCGCCGAUCCCUCUUGCCCGUCAGGGUCCCAGGCCACAGUGACGAAGACGAAGAGGAGGAGGGCCAAGACAGUAACUAAGACAGUCACCACGCCCUCUGUGAGCACUUAUAUGGUCACUGUGAUGGUUACGCCUGCGCCUACGGGCAACGUCGUUGCUACCAUAAAGACGGAGACGACAGCGUGGGCAUCUUUCACAACCGUCUAUCCGAGGCCUUAA